CUCAACAUCCGUCAACAAACCAGGAGGUUUAUGAUGGAGAUGCACGUUUCCUGACCUCAGCUGUUCCUUAGAGAGAUGACGGGAUCACAGCGGAUGUUCUUGAGAGGAGUCGCUCGCUGGCUCGGUGCAGACUUCGCCUCCUGCAGACGAUUCCACGCAGAGACAGUCAGACACGAGUCCAGCGAACUUCCCAUAAUCCACCACGCGGGGUACGUGUGCGACCUUCCGCCGAACCACAGCUUCCCCAUGAGCAAGUUCCCCCGAGUGUUACACUUUCUACUGCAAGACCAGGUCAUCACACACAAACAGGUGUGGGUGCCUGAAAUUGCCUCUGAAGAUCUGCUGAGCCGUGUGCACACAGAAGAAUACGUGACCAACUUCCUACACGGGAGAAUAAGUGAGAAGGACCAGCGGAAGACGGGCUUCUCCUGGAGUGAGGGCUUAGUGAGACGCUGUCGAUAUGAGACCGGUGGGACCCUCCUCGCUGCUGAGGUGGCUCUGCAGAGGGGUCUGGCCUGCAGCACAGCAGGAGGAACCCAUCAUGCCUUUCCCAGUUACGGUUCAGGAUAUUGUCUCCUCAAUGAUCUGGCUGUCACUGCCAAGUACCUGAUGGGCAACUCUUCACCCAGGAGGAAGGUUCUGAUUGUGGAUCUAGACGUGCAUCAGGGCGACGGCACAGCUUUCAUAUUUAAAGAGGAGCCGUGUGUGUUUACGUUCUCAGUGCAUUGUGGGAAAAACUUCCCCCUCCGUAAACAACAGAGUGACCUGGAUAUCAGCCUGGAGGAUGGAUUGGAAGACAAGGACUACCUCUCCGCAGUGGAGGCUCACCUUCCCCGGCUCCUGGAGUCUUUCCGUCCAGACCUGGUCCUCUAUGACGCCGGUGUCGACCCUCAUCUGGACGAUGAACUCGGGAGGCUCCACUUGACUGACCAUGGGCUAUAUCAGAGAGAUCUGUAUGUGCUGAAGACUGUGGUGAGCAGAGGCAUCCCUGCUGCUGCUGUUAUCGGAGGAGGGUAUUCAAGAGACGUGGACAAACUGGCCCUCAGACACUCCAUCGUCCACCGAGCAGCUGCUCAGGUCUGGAGGGAGUGUGGAUUGUAAAACCUUCAAGAGGAUCCUCAAAGUCUGAUACUCAAUCUUCAGCAGCCAAUAUUAAUAUAUACUGUAAAUAAAUACUGUACAUGCAACAGCAUUACAUUUUUACUGAGAAUCGUGAAAAGGACAAAAGACGAUGGACUUUUUAAAACUUGCAAUUAACUCUUGUACUUUGAACAAGAUAGUUGCAUUAAACGAACAUGCUGCUCGUUGUUGAUCAUGUUCGUUCAAGUCACUAAAACGUUGUUCGACUUUCUGUUUACCUCAUCGUGACUCUGCAUCAUUACCUCUGUGCUAGUAACAGUCUAUCACCAUCAAAUAUUCUGUUGUUGAAUAAUAAACUUAUUGGUUUCUACUGAA